AGUUGUUGUGCAGGCCCAGCUCACACGAAUUGGACCGCCUUUUUGCUGUUCAACCUUCCCCUCUCUCCCUCUCUCCCUGCAUUUAUUUCCAGAACGACCUCCUCCACUAAGGCCAUGCGACCUCUUUUCAUAAACUCCCUUUCUCCCUCUUCCCCUUGUCCUCAGAAGAAUCACUCUCUCAUUUUCAUCAUCUCCAAUGGAAGCAGCCAUGGAGUUGUCCUCCUCUGCAACAGCAGCAGUCGAGAGCUCUCAUCCUCAGAAGAAAGAGGAAGACAUGGCUCAGGCUUCCUCCUUCAAAGAGAGAGAAUCCAAUGUUUCUUUCUUCAAACUGUUGGCUUUUGCAGACACAACUGACAUGUUUCUCAUGUUCUUUGGUACGCUUGGGGCCUGUGUACAUGGAGCUGCAUUACCUGUAUUCUUUGUAAUCUUCGGGCGGUUAAUAGACUCACUGGGCUGUUUGUCUGGAGAUACUAACAAAUUGGCUUCUGAAGUUGGAAAGAAUGCACUGCAAUUGUUAUACUUGGGACUGGUUGUCAUGGCAUCAUCUUGGAUAGAGGUGGCUUGUUGGAUGCAGACUGGGGAAAGACAGGCAACUUGUUUGCGCUUGAAAUAUUUCCAUUCAGUCUUGAAUCAAGACAUUUCAUUUUUUGAUACCAGUAUAACAAGUGCAAAUGUCUUGAAUUGUAUUUCCAGAGACACAAUACUUGUCCAGGAUGCAAUAGGUGACAAGGUUGGCCAUUGCUUACAUUAUCUUGCUCGGUUUUUGGUUGGCUUUGCCUUGGGGUUCUCAUCUGUAUGGCAACUUACUCUCCUCACUCUUGCCGUAGUUCCGCUCAUGGUUAUUGCUGGAGGUGCAUAUACAGUUACGAUGGCUGGAUUAUCAAAGAAGGGUGAGGCAGCCUAUGCUGAAGCGGCAAAAGUGGCAGAAGAGGUGAUUUCACAAAUUCGCACAGUUCAUUCUUUUGUUGGGGAGGACAAAGCAAGUAAAGCAUAUUCAACUUCACUUGAAACUUCCUUGAAGUUGGGGAGAAAAAGUGGCAUGGCCAAAGGACUGGGUGUCGGCAUAACCUAUGGUCUACUGUUUGGUGCGUGGGCCUUACUACUCUGGUAUGCAGGUGUCCUUGUCAGGCAUCAAGCAACUAAUGGUGGCAAAGCCUUCACAACAAUUCUCAAUGUUGUUAUCAGUGGAAUAUCACUUGGUCAAGCAGCUCCGAAUCUCAGUGCCUUUGCUGAAGGCCGGGCAGCUGCAAGCAAUUUAAUGAGUAUGAUUGAGAAAGGUCCGAGUGUGUCUGUGCUGUCGGAAAAUGGAGUAGUUUUACCAAAUGUGGCUGGCAAUAUUGCAUUUUGUGGGGUUACUUUUUCUUAUCCCUCUCGAGCGGGUCUAAUAUUUGAAGAUCUAAGCCUUUCUAUUCCAGCUGGGAGUACUUUUGCAAUUGUCGGUCCAAGCGGUUCAGGGAAAAGCACAAUUCUAUCCCUGGUUGAACGUUUUUAUGACCCAACUUCAGGUGUUAUUAUGUUGGAUGGGCAUGACCUCAAGAGUCUGAAAAUGAAGUGGCUGAGGAGCCAAAUUGGACUAGUUAGUCAGGAACCAGCGUUGUUUGCUACCACCAUUGCUGAAAAUAUCAGCUAUGGAAAUGAAAGUUCUGAUAUUCAGAUGAUUAUGGAAGCUGCAAAAGCUGCAAAUGCGGAUUCUUUUAUCCGAAGAUUGCCUGAAAAUUACAGCACUCAGGUUGGAUAUGGUGGCACCCAGCUUUCUGGAGGGCAGAAGCAGAGGAUUGCAAUUGCUAGAGCAGUGCUAAGAAACCCUAAGAUUUUACUUCUUGAUGAAGCAACCAGCGCACUUGAUACAGAGUCUGAGCACCUUGUUCAGCAGGCACUUGAUACUAUUAUGUUAGGCCGGACGACUAUUAUUAUUGCACAUCGGUUAUCUACAGUUCGCAAUGCCAACUGUAUUGCAGUUCUGCAAAAUGGCAAGGUCGUUGAAUGUGGCACCCAUGAACAGCUGAUAUCGACUGGAAAAGAUGGCGUGUAUGCCUCUCUGUUGAGCUUACAGAUAUCAGCAAAUGAUGAGCUUCCAAGCAAGACACUUCCUAACCAGACAAAGAAUUUCCUUAAGACUCCCCAUUUUCCCACAUGCCCCACCUCUGAGUUAGAUUAUCCGAACCCAAAAUUCAAGGAUCUACAAUCACAGAGCGACAUCCCUCAUUCGGAAAAGAAAAAUUCAAACGCUACUCCAUAUUUCUGGAAAUUAGUCAGACUGAAUACGCCUGAGUGGCGGUUCGCAGUUCUUGGCUCGUUGGGUGCCAUCCUGGCAGGCAUGGAGGGUCCUCUCUUUGCUCUUGGGAUAACUCAUUGCCUGACCACUUUCUAUUCCCCUGACAAGCUACAUGUCAAGCAUGAGAUUGAAAGGAUUUCACUUAUAUUUGUUGGAGCAGCUGUGGUUACUCUUCCCAUAUAUUUGUUGCAACAUUAUUUUUAUACUUGGAUGGGGGAGCGCCUUACUGCUCGAGUUCGUAGCAUGAUGUUCUCAGUUAUACUUCGAAAUGAGGUUGGCUGGUUUGAUUUGGAUGAGAAUAACUGUGGAUCAUUGACAUCACACUUAGCAGCAGAUGCGACGUUGGUGAGAAGUGCAUUGGCAGACCGUAUUUCUACUAUUGUACAAAACAUCUCCCUUACUGUCACAGCAUUUACCAUUGCAUUUAUGCUGACUUGGCGCAUGGCAGCCGUUGUAAUUGCUACAUUCCCACUACUUAUUGGUGCUUCUAUCGGUGAACAACUAUUCCUCAGGGGGUUUGGAGGAGACUACAACAGUGCUUAUUUUCGAGCAUCAGCUGUAGCUCGAGAAGCCAUCAACAAUAUCCGAACAAUUGUUGCAUUCUGUGCAGAGGAUCGAGUUUCAGCCCUAUUUGCUCUGGAGCUCUACCUUCCAAGGAAGCGAAGCCUUUUACGUGGCAACAUAUCUGGACUAGGCUAUGGAAUGUCCCAGUUUUUUAUGUAUUGUUCAUAUGCGAUUGCUCUCUGGUAUGCAAGCCUUCUCAUGAGACAUGGGAAAUCAGAUUUUGGUGACAUCAUGAAGUCCUUCAUGGUGUUAGUGAUAACUGCUCUAGGUGUGGCAGAGACGCUUGCUCUGGCCCCUGAUAUAGUCAAGGGAUCACAAGCUCUUGCUUCAGUUUUUAACAUCCUUGAACGAAAAACUUUAAUUGAGCCUGAUGACCCCUCCUCAGAGGUAGUCACUGAAGUUAGUGGAGACAUAGAAUUGAAGAAUGUGGGGUUCAGGUACCCUGUCAGGCCAGAAGUAGUAGUGUUUGAUGACUUGAAUUUGAAAGUUGAGGCAGGCUGCACUGUUGCUAUCGUAGGUCAAAGUGGUUCUGGCAAGAGCUCCGUAAUUGCACUCUUAAUGAGGUUCUAUGACCCUAUUUCCGGUUGUAUACUUAUUGACGGGCAUGACAUUAGAGGCAUGAACCUGAAAUCUUAUCGCAAGAGAGUCGGUCUGGUUCAGCAGGAACCUGCAUUAUUCUCCACCACCAUAUAUGAGAACAUCUUAUAUGGCAGAGAUGGAGCAUCUGAAGUAGAGGUACUGAGGGCCUCUAAGGCAGCUCAUGCUCAUGGGUUCAUCAGCUGCAUGCCUGAUGGUUAUAACACCAGAGUAGGAGAGAGAGGUGUUCUUUUAUCGGGGGGUCAGAAGCAAAGAGUCGCCAUUGCUCGAGCUAUCUUGAAAGACCCCUCAAUCCUUCUCCUUGAUGAGGCUACUAGUGCCUUGGAUGCGACUUCAGAAAAUCUGGUACAGAGAGCACUAGAUAAGCUAAUGGAGGGAAGGACAACAGUUGUGGUGGCGCAUAGGUUGUCUACCAUCAUGAAUGCUGAUAAGAUUGUUGUGCUGGAAAAUGGAAAGGUGAAGGAAAGUGGGAGCCAUGAGGAGCUCACCAACAUGGUUGGUGGCACAUACACUCAGCUUGUGUCACUACAGCAGCGGACUGUUUUAGAUUCACCUUAGCUGAUCACUAAAAUUAAGGUCAUUGGUUUAUAGGAGUUAAAGUAUCAAAAUCAUAUUGCCAAUAAUUCAACAACACUAAUAUGAUGGAAAUCUUGUUAUGUUUUUGAGGGCCCAAGUUUGCCUUGAGGUACCCAUAUGGGUUCAUAUUUUAUUGCAUGAUUCUUUUGGCCCUGAAA